UAACGCAAUCAAACUUAGCUGCGAGUUUGGCUUGGGGUUUCUGUUCCAGUCUAGGGUUCCAGGUGCUUAUUCGGGAUGUCAAGAGUAUAUAUUGGAAACUUGGACCCAAGGGUCACUGAAACAGCGCUUGAAGAUGAGUUCCGUACCUAUGGAGUGAUCAGAAAUGUCUGGGUUGCAAGAAGGCCUCCUGGCUAUGCUUUUAUAGAUUUUGAUGACUCAAGAGAUGCACUGGAUGCAAUUCGGGGAGUGGAUGGUAAGAAUGGUUGGAGGGUUGAGCUUUCUCACAGUUCUAGAGAUGGAGGUCGCGGAGUUUCUGGGCGUGGAGGAGGACGUGGUCGUUCUGGUGGUUCUGAUUUGAAGUGCUAUGAGUGCGGUGAAGCUGGUCAUUUUGCCCGUGAGUGCCGUCUUCGUGGUGGAGGUGGAGGUGGAGGUGGAGUGAGGCGCCGUAGUCGCAGCCCACGUAGAUACCGUAGGAGCCCGAGCUAUGGUCGGAGCCGUGACAGGAGUUACAGUCCUCGUGGUCGUUCUCCUCGCCGCCGUAGUUUGUCUCCUCCUCGUGGACGUAGCUAUAGCCGAUCUCCUUACCGUGGACGAGAUGAAGUUCCCUAUGCAAACGGUAAUGGUGUGAGGGAUCGUCACAGAAGCAGGAGCUGAGGGAGGAUUUGAGAAAAGACACUUACCAAAACAUCUGGAGUUGUGUUACUACUUUAGCUUGAACUACUACUAGCUCACAACUGUGUAAGUGGGGUCACUAUUUUGCUUCUGUUGGUGGAUUUGGUUCAACUUUCUUAUCUUUUGAUACCAAAUGUGUAUUUGGUGUCAGUAGUUCGUGUUCUCUUAUGACAUUUACAUUUAUAUUUUUAUUAUUAUUGGUAGAUGGGAUUGGAGCUAUGGUAGGUACUGUUUCUUAGUGAUAUAAUGUAUUAAAAAAGACACUGCUAAAAUGUUUUUUCUGUUUUUUGUGCCGAGGUUGUCUUCCUGGUACCUACUGCUUCAUUCGUUCUACACUCUACUACUACUACUACUACUUCUACUACAUGGUUUUGUUCUUCCUUGUCUGACCUGCUGCUGUGGGAUCUUCAAUUUUUGAAUGAUUGUGGACCCCAGCUGGCUACUUCGUGGCUACAAGCUCCUUCUAAUUGUUUGAACCUCUGGGGGUUAUGAAGCGCCUCACCUCAAAUCUAGUGGUGUUUCCUUUUUAACAUGUUAUAAUAAUGAUGACGAGGAGCAGCCCGCUUCAAACACUUCUGCUGGCAGGUAUUUAAUCUCUUCCGGAGAUGUGUGGCUUUAUUUGCAUCCUAAAUCCACCUUCAAAUUCAUACUCCAGUUAGCUGUGGAUUUAUGUUUCCGUUUAGUAAAAAAAUCGAUUAACACCCUUCCAUUGGCUAUUCAAACUGCAUGUUUUCAAUAGAGCGAUUUCACAAUAUUUUAUUCAAGUUUAAAAUGUUUUUAUUCUCCCUCAACCUAGCCAUGUAUUAUGGUUUUCUUAUAAAUAAAACCAAUGGCUUAAUGGUUUCUGGCUCUGGCUGUUCCUUAAGAUUCAAGGAUCCAAUUGUGAAAACGUUCAACACUUCACCUCAGUGGUUAUACGACUUUUAUGAUUUUUUUUUCUCCGUUCUGAUUUGUAUGAUUUUCUCUUCAUCCUGCUGUAGUGUGGGUGAAGAUUGGAAACUAUACUAUUAAUUACAGCAUAUUUUUUCCGCGUCAGAGUACAUGGACUUUUAUAAUCCCAAAUGGUUAAAUAAUACCCCAUUGAAGUAUACGUAUUCUUUUUCUGCACUUUUCAAAUUGAAUGAUGUUUUAAAUAUUUGAAUUUUCAACAAUAGAAUUAGGAUGUAAUAAAUAUACCCUAUGUUCUACAAUAGGUUUCGAACUUCCACAAAUACUAUAUUUUUAAGCAAUCAAGAGAGUAGUAAAAUUGGCGUUUAUAGCAUGUUCAUGAAUGUGAAGAAUUUUAAUUUUAAUUAUGUGUAUAUUACUUGGGUUUCUUACAAGAAUAUUACUAAAAUAAAACAUAUUUACAUAAAUAUGACUAUUCAUUACUACAAUGUGGUGUUGUGGUAACUUAAGCUCAAAAAUUGAACAUGAAUUACUAUGAUUUCAUUACUACUCUAGUCACUAGUCAUAUUUUUGUAAAUCAUCUUUAUUUUGAUCAUAUUUAUGUAAUUAUUUCAUAUUUUACAAAAAAUUAUCUUGUGUUUUAAUAUUUUGAACAAAAAAAGUCGAAGCCCCUUUUCAAGUGAGAUUGAGGUAGUGUAUGCUCUAGACCUUAACUUUUAUUUUCAACACAUAUCAAUCUUAUUCCACAAAUACUAUAUUUUUAAGCAAUCAAGAGAGUAGUAAAAUUGCCGUUUAUAGCAUGUUCAUAAAUGUGAAGAAUUUUAAUUAUAAUUAUAUGUGUAUAUUACAAAAAAUUAUCUUGUGUUUUAAUAUUUUGACCAAAAAAAGUCGAAGCCCCUUUUCAAGUGGGAUUGAGGUAGUGUAUGCUCUAGACCUUAACUUUUAUUUUCAACAUAUCAAUCUUAUGAGUCAGUUCUUUUAACUACACAUAAUAGGGGUUGACACUAUUCAAGUGAAAAUAGUACUCGUAUCAAAAUAAUGAAGCUUGAAGUUAUUUUUCUAGCCAAAUUGGUUAAAGUUAGUGUAUACUUUUCAAAUAAGUUUUUCCUUAAUUUUUUCUUUGUAUCUCAGCCAAUUUAAGCAUUUCAACAAGAAUUUCAUGAUUUUUGACAAACUCAACCAAUUAAGUCAAUUCCAAUGUUACCAAAUGGAUUGUCAAAUAUUUGUAUACUUAAAGAGUGAAUGAAAAAAAACUUACUCAAAUUUGGAACAAAAACAAUGUAUUUUUUGUAAAUUGGAGUACAAUAUUUUUCAAAAAAUGAGUAAAAUAGUGUAAUCAAAUCAUCCCUUAUUUGCCCCAUAAAAUACUUCGUGGAUGAGAUUUGUUCGAGAAAAAUAUCUUUAUUCACGUACUCCCUCGUCCCCAAAACAAUUUCUCACUUUCCUUAUUUAGGUAUUCCAAAAUAAUAUUUUCAUUUCCAUAAAAACAACUUUUCAAUAUCAAAAAUCAAAAUUACCUUAACAUUUAGUUACAUCAUAAAUGAGUUGAUACUCCCUCUGUCCCUUAAAAUUUUGUCAAUUUUCCCUUUUUGAUUGUCUUAAUUUUGCCACAUUCUCUUUUUAGUAAAGAGUUUGUGCUAAUUAAUUUUUUCUCCUCUACACAAAUCUCAAUCAUACAGUUUUUACUUUAUUAAUCUGCAUGUCUGUCAAACUUUGUCAAGUUUCAAGGGACUAAGGGAGUAUAAAGUAGGGGUGUUUUGAGAAAGUCAACUUUCCAUUUCAAUUUACAUAAAAUGUUUGCAAGUCAAAGUGAGAAGUUGUUUUGAAGACGGAGGAAGUAUUUAUUAGGGAAAAGUAUAGAAAAUGUAAAUGUGAUUCGGCUUGUUUUUAGACAAAGACGUGUGGUUCAUUUCUUAUUAAAGUAGUCCUCAUACUUUGAUGCCGUUAUCACUGAAGGGUGUGACACUUAAUGUUGCUAGAAAUCGCCCGUGGAAGAUGAACAGUAACUCUGUGUUUCAAAAUUACUCUGAAAAUUUAAAGAAAAGUAUAGAGAGGUGAGCCUCUAUCAUCUUCGUUCGGCGAUUUCUAUUGGCGUUAAGUGUAGGACCCCUUGUGAUAACCGAAUCAAAUAAUGGGGAUUGCUUUGAUAAGAAUUGGAAACACAAGGUUCUAUAUAUUUGAAAACGUUGUCAAUUUACAUGCAUCUUUUCUAUAUUUUUUUGGGAAAACUAUCAAAUAAUCCCCCGUAUUAUACCGAAAAAGUCGAUUAGGCCCUCGUACUUUACAAACACUCAAUUAAGUGCUCGAACUAUUAAAAAACGUUCAAUUAAGCCCUUUUGGUCGGUAAGUAACCGGUUUUCCGGUUAAACGGUGACGACGGCGACGAUGUGCUCGAACCCCAGCAACGGCGGCUGCCGGGAAACGGGUUACAUUUAACCGGGAAACCGGUUACUUACCGACCGAAAGGGCUUAAUUGAACGUUUUUUAAUAGUUCGAGGACUUAAUUGAGUGUUUGUAAAGUACGAGGGCCUAACCGACUUUUUUGAUAUAGUACGGGGGCUUAUUUGAUAGUUUUCCCUAUUUUUUUCUAUUUGGUAAAGCUUUAUGGGACGACUUAAUACCGACAAAGCUUAAUGGGACAUACACAAUAUAGUAGGGUUUAAUGCACCAAACCCUCUUGUGAUAUAGAAAGUCAUUAACCCCUGUGAUUUGAAAAAAUGCGUCAAAUCCCCUUGCGUUUUAAUUAAUCGUGCACAAAACCUUUUUUAUGAAUAAAUUUAACGAUUUCGAAAUCACUUUUCCUAAUAUUUAGAUUGCAUGUGCAAGUAAAUAUGUCAAAAACUCUGAAUCACACAAAAAUGUUAAUCAUUUUUCUUUUAUUUUACAAUUGAAUUUGUUCACAGAAGGGAUUUGGCGCAUAAUUAAUUAAAACAAGAGGGGAUUUGACGCAUUUUUUAAAUCAUAGGGGCUAAUUUGUCGAAUUCUCGAAUUUCAUACGGGGGGUUUGGUGCAUUAAAUCCCAAUAUAGCAUGAUGAAUCAUAAGUAUGGUGGACACGGUCCAGCUACAGGCUGAUUCUAGUCUUGGAUGGGAUGGUCAUUGGUGAAAAUAUGGGGCUCAGGAUUGGGACAUGCAUUUUUGGUUCGUGGUCCCAAUUUUUUUUUUAUUCUUUUCGUUUUAUAAUAAUUGCCAUAUGGACUUUUCUCAAUUAAUGGUGAUUAAAUUUGAUCAAUGAUAUUUAUUAGUACGAAAUUAUUUGAAAUAUGAAAAUUAUUUGAAAAUAUUCUUUGUUAAAAUACUUUCAUAAAAAUAUAGAUUUUAUAAAUUUCACACAAAUAUGAUAAUUAAAAGCACACUUCAAAAUUCACUAUCAUUGAUUAAGAGUCAAUUUGGUCAAGUUUUGUGGAACAUGGAACAUGGAAGUAUAUAUUUAAACCCUCCAUCAUUCUCUCCACCCUUUCCCCACCCUUUCAUCUCAUAUGUGUACCUCCGCCCGUUUUGAAAUGCUUCCUAAUAGUUUAAAGAUGUUUUUACUUGGGUUGUUUUCAGUUUCAAACCAUAUCAGAUUAGACUUGGAUAGUUAUAAAAUGAAUUGAUAUAAGACAUUUACCAGAUCAGGAAAUUUUAGUUCCCAAAAUAUUUUGAGGUCGGAUAACAUGAAUUGAUGUAUGAUAACAAUCCCAAAAAGAGAAGACAGACAAGAAGAAAAGAAAAAAAACGAAAAAAAGAUAAAACGAUUAAGAUAAAGAUAAAUAAAUAUAAGAUAACAAUAACAUAAGAAUAUGAGAAAGAUAAAAGAUAAAAAAGCAUAAAAAGCUAGAAGAUAAAAAUAACAUAAGAACAUAAAAAGAUAAAGAAGAUCAAAAAUUAAAAAAAGUGGAAAGAUAAAAAAGAAAUCAAUCAUCCACACGAAUGUGCGUCCUCCACUUUGCCUUCUCUAAAGCCAUACUCUCAUUCAACCUAAGAAGACUCAUAUCAGUUAUGGUUCCUCUAUUCCAAGUCUUUGGGUCUUCCCCUCCCUCUCCUUUUUGUCUCUCCCCCCCAUUCCUCAAGUCUUCUAACAGGUGCAUCACUCGGUCUUCUACGCACAUGCCCAAACCACCGCAAACGAGACUCCCGCAUCUUAUCUUCUAUUGGUGCUACUCUCACCUUUUGUCUGAUUAUGUCAUUUCUCAAACAGUCUUUUCUGAUAUGUCCAUGCAUCCAACACAACAUAAGCAUUUUUGCUCACUCAUCUUUUGAAUCUGACAUUGUUUCACCGCCCAACAUUCUACGUCAUACACUCAUACAUUAAUGUAGGCCUAAUUGCUGUUCGAUAAAAUUUACCUUUUUGUCUAGUCGGCAUACCUCGAUCGCAUAAAAAUCCUGAUGCACUCUUCCAUUUCAUCCACUCAGCUCUGAUUCUAUGGAAUACAUCUCCAUCUAAUUCACCAUCCUUCUGAAUUAUGGAGCUCAAGUAACAAAACAUAUCUCACGCCGGUAUGUUCUUACCAUCAAGAGUAAUCCCAUUGUUACUACUACUUCUACCCUCGCCAAACUUGCACUCCAUAUAUUCAGUCUUGCUUCGGCUGAGGAAUGGGAUCGAUUGGUCCCAAUCUCAAAAGUUGAGGCCUAGGUUAGUUCGGUUUUGAUCUUGACGCGGAACUUUACUUUCCGGUCUGGGUUCUAAUUGCUUCUAUUUAGAGAAACACCAAUGUUGUUCGGUCUCAACUCUCAAGUUUUUUAAUUGGGUUGAAAUUUUUGAUUUUAUUUGGUUUGUUCAAGUGUGGUUUGUUCCGAUAGAUGAUUAUUUUAUGUGUAUUUUAAAACUCUCGAAGUUAAGUCUGAGAUUGAAAUCACUCCAAUUAUAACUAAAAGUUUUAAAAUUUAAAGCUCAGGACAAAUUGGUAAGAUUUCAUUAAAUAGUCCUAAAUAUUGAAAUAAGCCUAAGUAGUACACUUGAUGUAUAUAACUCGUAACUAACAAGAUAUCAUGCGCGGCUCAAACAAUAGAAAAGUAUGAAUAUUUGAUUAAUCAAAUACUGAUAAAUGUAACAUUGAGUUGUUAAAGUUUUUUUAAUGGAGUUCCAAUCCUUUAUUCGAAUAUAAAAUCCGAGUUUCUCAAGUCACUCUCUGCUUGCUCAAUGGUGAGGAAAGGGAUACAACAAAAGUUUGAGACUGAAAGAAAACGCCCCAUAUUUUAAAGUUUCUUGACUUUGGCGUAUUAUAAGAGAAAUUCAGAAAAGUAGUAGGGUGAUGAAAAAAAUAAGAGAGAAUGCGUGAAAGUAUGAAAGAGAAGAUAAAAUGCAGAAAAUGUAAGCGUAAUUGAAUAUUUGACAAAAAGAACUUAUAAAAACGGGAAAAUCUAAUAAUUUUCAAAUAUAUUUCAUAAAAGGAUUGUGUAAUAAACUUUAAAAUAAGGAAGAAGUAUUGGAAUAAGGAUUGUGUAAUAAACUUUAGCAUUGGGCCGUUCUCAAAUGAUGGUCAAGUUUGUUAGUCCAAAUGCUCUUCCAAUUCAGGCUAAAAAGACCUAUCGGAUGGAUUUUUUUGGGAUCCCUUCCCUCAGAUUUUAAUUUAUGCAGUGUUUGGUUUAGGCUGGGUCAGGUAUAGCCCCCUCAGCCAGUUUUUCUGUUUUCAAUUGCCAUGUUUUUUUUUAUUGUUGAGAGGUUUUGGUCUGCUCCCCCUCUUGGUGUUCUCAUAAUAAAACAUUGGUAAAUGUCUCCCGGCAUUUGCCCCACCAUAUGGGUGGUUUACCUUCCGGGGUUAAAAAAAAGAGGAAGAAGUAUUGGAUUGCCUCAGACCCGUGCAUCACAGCCUCACGGGUACACGUCACUGCUUUCUUUAUUUGGAAAUUAUGGAGUAUGUUGUGGAGUUUCAAUUGGAGGCUAUCGAAAAGCAAAACAUGUUGGUUGGUUGGGCAUUGAAGACUUUCUCAAAUAGAAGAGGCAACAUUUAUUACCAAAAGUGGAUUCAGAAGUUUUCACCUGCAUCCAUGGGAAUGAUAGAAGUAGAUUAAUUGUCUAAUUCGAAUAGGGUGUUGCACUGAUCUUUUUUUUUUCUAGAUCAAUUUAUUUUAAUGGAAGUAGAUUAAUCAAGUGAUGUUCAUUUAUCGAUGAUAGCUUUAGUUUUCAAUCCAUUAUGGCAACUCUAAAUAAUAAUAUUCAGCUUUUAUGAAAAACAAUACUCUUUCCG